UUUCGACUUCAAAUGAUUUGGAUUUUAGCUAAAACACGGUACCUUGAGUUAAGUAAGUUUACAUGGAAUAUUGUGCUGACCGCGAAAAUGGCAGGAAGAGUCACCAGAGUGUUAAAUGUUGCGGAAAAAAAUGACGCUGCAAAGUCUCUAGCAGAUGUCAUGUCCAGGGGACAUUAUAACAGGAGAGAAGGGUUCUCCGUAUAUAAUAAGAUAUAUGAAUGGGAUUUUAAUAUCCUGAAUAGAAAUUGUAAAAUGACAAUGACUUCAGUAUCUGGACAUUUAUCAAAUUAUGAGUUCAUAGGAGUUUAUCAAAAGUGGCUUGGUUGUGAUCCUGCAAUGUUAUUUGAUGCUCCAGUAGAAAAACUAUGCAAAGAUUUUCAAGACAUAAAAAGAACAUUAGAACGUGAGGCCAGACAAUGCAAGAUAUUGAUUAUAUGGACAGAUGGUGACAGAGAAGGUGAAAAUAUUGGAUAUGAAAUAAUCGAUAUAUGUACCAAUGUUAAUGCAAGAUUGGAUGUAUAUAGAGCCAGAUUUUCAGAAAUAACACCAAGGUCUAUCACUAGAACAUGUGAUAAUCUUAUAAGACCUGAUAAAAGAACAUCAGAUGCUGUUGAUGUAAGGCAAGAAUUGGAUCUUCGAAUUGGUGCUGCAUUCACAAGAUUUCAAACACUACGACUGAAGAAAGUAUUCCCCCAAGUAUUAGCAGAUAGUCUUAUUAGCUUUGGUUCAUGCCAGUUCCCUACAUUAGGAUUUGUUGUUGAAAGAUACAAACAAGUGAAAAGUUUCAUUCCUGAAACAUUCUACAGAAUAAAAGUAACACAUGCUACAGAUGAUGGCAAUGUUGAUUUUCAUUGGAAAAGACAUAGAUUAUUUGACCACACAGCAUGUCUUGUCUUCUACCAACUUUGUAUGGAGAAUCCAUUAGCUAAAGUUAUUAAUGUACAGAGUCGUAAUAAAAGUAAAUGGAGACCUACACCUAUGGAUACUGUGGAAAUGGAGAAACUUGCAUCAAGGAAACUCAAGAUUACAGCCAAAGAAACUAUGAAAAUUGCAGAGAAAUUAUACACUAAGGGAUUUAUUAGUUACCCUCGUACAGAGACAAAUAUAUUUCCCAAAGAGCUUGAUUUAAGGCCGCUUGUUGAAAACCAAGUUCAAGAUCCUAACUGGGGUGCCUUUGCAGCGGGUGUUUUACAACAUGGUCCAAAUCCACGUCAAGGCAAGAAAACAGACAAUGCUCAUCCUCCAAUACAUCCUACUAAAUAUGGAAAUAAUUUUGAUGGAAAUGAAAAGCGUGUUUAUGAACUAAUUGUCAGGCACUUCUUAGCCUGCUUAUCUCAGGAUGCACAAGGGCAUGAAACUACAGUAGAGAUUGAUAUAGCAGCUGAGAUAUUCACCGCCCAAGGUCUGAUGAUAAUUGCCAGGAAUUAUCUAGAUGUGUAUCCAUAUGAUAAAUGGAAUGCUAAAAUCAUACCCAGGUUUCAACAAGGAGAGGAAUUCCAACCAACAGCUAUAGAGAUGGUUGAUGGUGAGACUACUGCACCUCCUCUGUUAACUGAAGCUGAUUUGAUAUCAUUAAUGGAAAAACAUGGAAUAGGUACUGAUGCCACCCAUGCAGACCAUAUAGAUACUGUCAAAUCUAGAAAUUAUGUUGGAUUAACAGACGAGGGCAGAUUUGUACCUGGUGAAUUAGGGAUUGGAUUAGUUGAUGGAUAUAACAACAUGGGAUAUGAAUUAUCUAAACCUAAUCUGAGGGCUGAAUUAGAAGCUGAUCUUGUUGCAAUAUGUGAAGGCAGGAAAGAUAGAGAUGAUGUGUUGAGAAUACAGGUAGAGAAAUACAAGCAAGUGUUUAUAGAAGCUGUAGAGAAGGCCAGUAAACUUGAUGAAGCUCUCUCAGAAUAUUUUGGAGAAGCCCAACAUUACACAACAACUGAGAUAACCCAUAACUUCAUGUCAAACCCUGUACGUAAAUGUCCACGCUGUAAUAAUCCAAUGGUGAUUAAAACUAAAAAAGAUGGUGGUUAUAUGAUGAGUUGUACUGGCUAUCCUAACUGUAAAGCUGCUGUGUGGUUCCCAGCAUGUGUUGAGAAAGCUACGUUGGACAAUUCCACUUGUACCCAGUGUUGUCCGGGUCCUAUACAGAAAAUUAAAUUUAAAUUCAAGCGAGGAAGUGUUCCACCAGGCUUUCCUUUGGAAUACGUCGGUUGUAUUGGUGGUUGUGACCGUACUUUAACAGAAGAACUGGAUUUUAAUCUUUCAUAUCUCAGAACAGAUCACCAAACUGGACAAUCUUCACGAUCCAAUUCAUCUAGCAGAAACCGACCAUCUACAAGACCAAAUCCUGCUCCUCAUGAUUCUGGUUAUAACAGUGGCUCUACAUCCAGUAAUACCUCAUUGAGAACAUCGGGAUUGAUGGAUGCUUUAAGGCGAGAAAGAGGAGGAAGAGGAGGUGCCUCAAGAGGAGGAAGAGGAAGAGGAAAUAAAGGACCUAGAGAUGGUGGCAGUGGUAGUGAUCUAAAUAGACAACCACUGGUUUCUGUCAAUUCCAGAUUUACAGGGAAUGCUAACUCCUCUGAUGGUAAUGCCAUAGUAUGUAAUUGUGGUAAUGAUGCAAUUAUAUUAACUGUAAGGAAAGAAGGUCCUAACUGUGGUCGUCAAUUCUAUAAAUGUGAUGGUGGUGGUUGUAAUUUUUUUCUGUGGGCAGAACCGACAGCUGAUGGCAAUCAACCAAGCCAUGGUAUUAGUAAUAACAACAGUAAUAGAGCUAGUACCAGUGCACGAGGUGGUCCCAAUGUAUGGGGGGAUGUUGUGUGUAGAUGUAAUGAAUCUGCUAUCAAGUAA